UUGUAUGCAACAAGUACAAGUUUGUUUAGGUUCUGUUUUGCUCAUUAUUAUUUUUGUGGUUAGACACGCUUUUUUCUAAGUUUUAUGGGCGAAAUUACGUGCAGAAUUGUUAGAAAUGUGCGAUUGAUAGAAAUGUGCUUGAAUUCGGACGGUUCUUGAUGCAUUAAAAUGUAAUAAUUGCUCUAUUUUGAGUCGCCAUUUUGUUUGGUAAACAUUUGGUUCUCGUCGUUGUUUUUGUUUUGUUUUUUUUUUAUUAUUUUCGGAAAAUUCGCGCAUUAUUGAUUUAUUAUGUCCGGGGAAAUGAAAUCUGAGAUUGACACGAUACGGACUGCACCCGGAAACAGCAUAGCUGCACUUGACCCGAAAUACGCCGUCCUGGCUGCUCUGGGGUUAGUGCCGAUAACGCCGCUCCUCAUCCAGCUGAAUCUGCAAGAGUCCCAGAAGGAGAUUUCCUCCAAAGAGAUGCCAAAUAAUGAAGUGAAAGACACUAAACUACAAUGUCCAGAGUGUUUUGUUUUCUUCUUUGAUAAGUCAAAUCUAGUGAGCCAUUGCCUGUCUGAUCAUAAUACUGAACUGAAGUACUAUUGCAAGAUCUGUGCCAAACUCUUCAAGAGCCGAUCCCUGCUGGAAGAGCAUCAGAACACCAAACAUAAUGGAGUUAAACCAUAUACAUGUACAAUAUGCCCACUUAAGUUCGUCUGUUUGGAAGCACUUACUGCUCAUGUUCGGAGGCACUUGGGCAAGUUGCCAUAUAGAUGUAGAAUUUGUCAAGAAGGAUUUAAACUGUAUUUGGAGUUGAAGGACCAUGAAGCAAUACAUGAGCUUCGAAAAGUGACCAAUAGAAAAGCAGAUAAGCAUAUGUGCAAAAUUUGUGAGAAAGAAUUUUUGAAACCCUGUGAUUUGGAAAGGCACAUUAGAGUGCACACUGGUGAAAAGCCUUUCAAAUGCUCUAUUUGUGGGAACCUUUUUCAACAGAACCAUAAUUUGAAGAAGCACAUGGUUGUGCAUAUCAAAGACAGAGUGUUUGAGUGUGAUAUAUGCAAGAAGUCGUUUUAUAGAGGUGAUGUCCUCAAACGUCAUAUGUUCACACACACUAUUGUCAAACCAUAUCCAUGUGAAUUAUGUUCGAAGAGUUUUUCCAGACAUCAACUGCUUAAAGACCAUAUUGCAAAACACUAUCUGGAUGACAAUACCACCACUGAUGGGGACAGUAACAAGAAAAUCAAGAGGCCCAAAACCAAAGCAAAAAUUGAACAGGAACAGUCCACUUGAUCCUCACCACUAUCAUCAUCAUUGGGGCUGCACUUUUUAUACACAGUACAGCCCUGAAUUUAUUUCAAGCGCACAGUUUUUGUUUUCUAUUAUACAUUUUUAUAUAUAUAUAUAUGAAUAUACAAGGAUAUUACUUUUUAUUUUUAACAUAUACAUGAUUAUAGGAAGGAAUGUAUGUAGUAUUAUUGGAUUGUUUGGAAUCUAUGUGGAAUUAUGUAGAUAAAAAAAAAACACUAUUAGUUUUAAGAAAAUAUUAUUUAUACACAGUUUUAGCUGAGAAAUUGUAGUA